CGCUGAUUCACGACACCAUGGACGAACGGGUCAUGGGUCAGGCUGGUGCCACUUGCACCUGGUCUGGUGUCCUGAGCAGGAUCCUUAAAUGCCAGAAGAUCCAGCAGAUGCGACUCAAUUUUGCAGCCACAUUUCAUGUAUCCUUCAGGCGGAUCUUGACCCCUUUCAAGUCGUAUAGAGCCACACUGUUCAUCCGUC